GUCAAACAAAAAGUCAAAAGGUCAUACACUUUUUCAACUUACUCCGAAUAAUACGAAAUAUUCAACGAUUUAAUUUGAAUUGAAAAUUUUGUGAUCUCCCGGCCAGGAUAAAUAACAAUUGUCACUCAGUUUGUGUCAUUAAAUAAUCCUGGGCUUAACAGAAAAGUUAAUGGGCAUAAUGAGUAAAAUUAUCCCAUCUGCCGCUAAACUUUUGGCUACAAACACUAUCCCGAAAUCAGCUGUUUCGAUUGUUCCCAUAACAGCAAAAUAUAGUACUAAAAAUGAAGCAACAUUUGAAAUUAAGCCAUAUAAACUUCAUAAAUUGGAAAAGGGUCCUGCAACAUCAGCAACUCUAACUGCAGAAGAUGCAAUCAAGAUAUAUGAAAAGCUAGCAGUGCUACGAAGAAUUGAAACUGCAGCAGGAAAUCUGUACAAGGAAAAAAUAAUCCGUGGCUUCUGUCAUUUAUAUUCAGGUCAAGAAGCAGUUGCUGUGGGCAUGCGUACAGCUAUGCGAGAUGCUGACUCAGUAAUCACAGCUUACCGUUGUCACGGAUGGACAUACCUGAUGGGUGUUAGCACAGUAGGAGUUCUAGCGGAAUUAACUGGUCGCAAGUCGGGCUGCUCACGAGGUAAAGGUGGAUCUAUGCAUCUGUAUGGAAGGAAUUUUUACGGUGGCAACGGUAUUGUUGGCGCUCAGGUACCAUUAGGUGCAGGUGUCGCGUUCGCUCACAAAUACAAUGGGGACGGUGGCGUCAACUUUGCUUUGUACGGCGACGGCGCCGCGAACCAGGGACAAUUGUAUGAGGCAUACAAUAUGGCUAAACUGUGGAAUUUACCUUGUGUCUUCGUCUGCGAGAAUAAUGGAUACGGCAUGGGUACUAGUGUAGACCGUUCCUCCGCGAGCACAGAAUAUUAUUCGCGCGGUGACUACAUUCCUGGCAUAUGGGUGGAUGGUAUGGAUGUACUAGCAACCAGAGAGGCCACGCGGUUUGCUAUUGAUUACUGUACCAGUGGUAAAGGUCCACUACUAAUGGAAAUGGAGACAUACCGGUACUCUGGUCACUCGAUGUCAGAUCCUGGCACGUCGUACCGUACCCGAGACGAGGUUCAGGAGGUUAGACAGACGAGGGAUCCCAUAACCUCAUUCAAGGAGAAGAUCAUCAGCAAUGAGCUGGCCACCCCUGAUCAACUUAAGGAAAUUGACACAAGAGUACGUAAAGAAGUAGAAGAAGCAACCAAAAUAGCCAAGUCGGACAGUGAAAUAGACCUCGAGGAGCUCUCCGGAGAUGUAUACUACAAUAAUUUAGAAUCUGAAAUCCGCGGUGUCUGUCCUGACACGCCUUUACAGCAUAUCGAGGUUGUCGCACGCAAUUAAUGCUUUUAUUUAUAAGAUAAUAAGGCCUGUAAUUAGAAUACUGAUUCUAAAGUUAAACAAGAAU